CUUCGAGGCCUCACUGGUAGCUACUUCCUGAUAACACUAGAUCGCCGCCAUGGCUGCUGGUUGGGCUGUUAUGGCACCACCUCCUUCCACUAUAUUAACGAUCUCGUGCUCCGGCUUCAAACCAUCAAAUUAUUCUAAGCUUACUUUCUUGUACGACAACGCUCUCAAAUUUCCAGCUUUAUUUCUGACACCAAAAAGUCCUGAUUAGACAAUCAUGGCCAAAGGCAGCGGACCCGCUAUUGGAAUCGACCUCGGAACGACCUACAGCUGCGUGGGAGUAUGGCAGAACGACCGAGUGGAGAUCAUCGCGAACGACCAGGGAAAUCGCACGACCCCGUCGUACGUCGCAUUCACUGACACCGAGCGGCUGAUCGGCGACGCAGCGAAGAAUCAAGUCGCCAUGAACCCGAAGAACACCGUCUUCGAUGCUAAGCGGCUGAUCGGCCGUCGGUACUCCGAUCCGACGGUUCAGGCUGACGCGAACCUAUGGCCGUUCAAGGUGGUUCGUGGUGCGUCCGACAAGCCGUUGAUAGAGGUGGAGUUCAAGGGAGAGGAGAAACGAUUUUCAGCAGAGGAGGUCUCAUCAAUGGUUCUGGUGAAGAUGAAGGAGGUGGCUGAAGCGUACCUUGGGACUACCGUGAAUAAUGCGGUCAUAACGGUCCCGGCUUAUUUCAACGACUCCCAGAGGCAAGCCACUAAGGAUGCUGGCGCUAUUGCCGGCCUGAACGUGCUCCGCAUCAUCAACGAACCGACUGCAGCUGCUAUCGCGUAUGGACUGGACAAGAAAGGCAGCAGCAGCAGCAGUGGCAGCGGGAAGGAGAAGAACGUGUUGAUUUUCGACCUGGGAGGAGGCACAUUCGAUGUGUCGAUUCUGAGCAUCGAAGACGGGAUUUUCGAGGUGAAGGCGACAGCAGGAGACACGCAUCUGGGAGGAGAGGACUUUGACAACCGCCUGGUGAAUCACUUCGUCCAGGAAUUCAAGAGGAAGCACAGGAAGGACCCCAGUGGCAACCCUCGGGCUCUCCGGCGGCUGCGAACGGCGUGCGAGCGAGCCAAGAGGACGCUCUCAGCUACAGCACAGACGACCAUUGAGAUCGACUCGCUCUUCGACGGGGUGGAUUUCUACACCACACUCACGCGUGCUCGCUUCGAGGAGCUUAACAUGGACCUGUUCAGGAAAUGCAUGGAGCCGGUGGAGAAAUGCUUAAGAGAUGCCAAGAUGGAUAAGGGGCAGAUCCAUGAUGUGGUGCUCGUUGGAGGGUCUACUCGCAUUCCCAAGGUGCAGCAGCUGCUGCAGGAGUUUUUCAACGGCCGGGAGUUGUGCAAGAGCAUUAAUCCGGACGAAGCAGUGGCGUAUGGCGCUGCUGUCCAGGCGGCCAUUCUGAGUGGGGAGGGAGUGCCAAGGUGCAGGAUCUGCUGCUGCUGGACGUGGCUCCGCUCUCGCUUGGGCUGGAGACAGCGGGGGGAGUGAUGACCACGCUGAUUCCACGCAACACCACAAUCCCCACCAAGAAGCAGGAGAUCUUCUCUACGUUUUCAGACAACCAGCCGGGUGUUCUGAUUCAGGUGUAUGAGGGAGAGAGGGCUCGGACCCAUGACAACAACCUGCUGGGGAAAUUCGAGCUGGCAGGAAUCCCGCCUGCACCCCGUGGAGUCCCGCAGAUUACAGUCACGUUCGAUAUUGAUGCGAACGGGAUUCUGAACGUGAGUGCAGAGGAGAAGGCGACGGGGAAGAGCAGCAGGAUCACAAUUACCAACGAUAAGGGGAGGCUGAGCCAGGCAGAGAUUGACCGGCUGGUGAAGGAGGCUGAGCAAUUCAAGGAGGAGGAUGAGCAGGUGAAGAAGCGGGUGGAUGCCAAGAAUGAGCUGGAGAAUUACGCAUACCAGGUUAGGAACACAGUGAGGGAUGACAAGGUGGGUGGGAAGCUGAGUCCGGAGGAUAAGCAGAAGAUUGAGGAUGCUGUACAGGAGACAGUUGACUGGUUGGAGAAGAAUCAGCUGGGAGAAGUGGAGGAGUUUGAGGAGAAGCGGAAGGAGUUGGAGGGUGUGUGUUCGCCUAUCGUGGCGAGGAUGUACCAGGCUGGGUCAGGGGCUGGAUGUUGUGGGGCUCAGGCUGGCGGUUGUGGCACUGGUGCAAGGGGGGAGAGUGGGGGAUAUUCUGCAGAACCAAAGAUUGAGGAGGUGGAUUAAAGCCUUUCAACAGCUGAAAUCGGGAGGAGUAAUGUUUAUUUUGUUUCUGCAAUAGCAGAGUGGUCAGCAAAAUCUUGUUACCGUAUGUGUUGUUAUUCAUGAGUCCAAAGCUGAAAAUU